AUGCUAUACUUCAAUGCACCAUUUGACGAUAAAAAGAAUUUGCCCAUAAGAAUAACAAACAGCGGGACUCGACGGAUCGUAUGGGCUCUUAAAUGCACAAAUCUACAAAGACUGUCUGUGGAUCCGCCCGCAGGAGUGCUUGACCCAAGGGAAUCGGUAAGUUUCGGACAAAUUGUUGCUGAAGUUCUUACGUACGCGAUUGGUAAUUCACUUCAAAUAGGGAGACAGGAUUACAGUCGAAUGGAAGACGCCCCGGAAGAUGCGCCGAAAAAGUUCAACCGAGAAUAUUUUCAAAGCGACGUCAUCAUAAGGAGAAAAAACCUGCAGAUAUCAUACAAUGCAUGA